AUGCAAUUCGGAGGGCGACGCGAGGUGUCGCUGCGCGGGGCGAGCGCGCGCGAGGUGUCGCGGAACGCGCUACUGAACAAGGUGGCGGAAGAGCGCGCGGCGCGCAGCAAGGCCCGCAAGUCCGCGGCCUCCGCCGCGCUCAUUCAGCGUGUGUGGCGUGGCAGGAAAGCAGCUUGCGUCGCUCGCCAGCUCGUCCAAUCCGAGUGGGACACGUGGCAUGCUUCCCGCAUGGCAGCAGUGGGGGGCCAGCCCCCAGCGCCUCUAACAGCCGAUGAAGUUUCCCAGAAGCUUCUGGCGCCGGUGCUGUUCUUGCUGUGGGAUGCGCGGAAAAGGGAGUGGAGAAUUGGAGGGAGGGGGGAGGGGGGGGAAGGGGGAAGCAGAGGGGAAGGGGGAGGGACCGGAGCAGGAUCAGGGGCAGGGGCAGGGGCAGGGGGAGGGGCAGGGGGAGGGGGAGCAGGAAAGGAACUGCAACGGUUACAGUCGGUGCUGGUGUGGCUGUUAAAAAGUCUGGAUUCCCCAGAUCCUGCUACCAACUUCUGCUCCUUGGCCGUCGGCACCCAAUCACAGCGUGCCAUGUGGCAGCACCAGGCACAUAGAAUCGUAGCUGUGUCCUGA